AUGUAAAAGUACGAAGUUCUUGGCAUCAUAGGCAAGGGUUCUUAUGGUGUUGUACUCAAGGGUUAAAAUAAGGAAACAGGAGAAAUCGUAGCCAUCAAAUAAUAUAUUGGUUCUGAAGAAGAUGAAAGCAUUAAAAAAACAAUCCUUCGGGAGGUUAAACUAUUGAAAAUGCUUAAUCACGACUAUAUUGUUAAAAUCAAAGAGGCCUUCAGAAGAAAAGGCAAACUUUAUGUGGUAUUAGAAUAUGUAGAAAAAAACUUAUUGGAAUUACUUGAAGAAAAACCAAAUGGUUUAGAUCCUGAAUUAGCAAGAAGAUUUAUUUACCAAUUAUGUUUAGCCAUUGCAUAUUGUCAUUCACUUGAAAUUUUACAUAGGGACAUCAAACCUGAAAACCUUCUGGUCAGUGACUAAAUGGUCUUGAAGGUUUGUGAUUUUGGCUUCGCAAGACUCAUUCCAUAAAAAUAAGGAUAGUUAACUGAUUACGUUGCUACUAGAUGGUAUAGAGCACCAGAAUUGCUGUUGGGAGAUGAAUACGGUAAAGGAGUUGAUAUCUGGGCCAUUGGAUGCAUAAUGGCUGAAUUGACUGAUGGGUAACCCUUAUUUCAGGGUUAAACUGAAAUGGAUCAACUAUAUUUGAUUUGUAAAUUACUUGGUCCAUUGACCAGUGAAUAAAGGGAAGCCUUCCUUAAGAAUCCUCGUUAUGUGGGAAUGAAAUUUCAUGAAAUCACUAAACCAGACACAAUUGAGAAAAAGUUUUAAUCUAAACUUUCUUUGAAAGCCAUUUCGUUUAUUAAAGGAUUGCUCAAAAUGGAUCCAAAUAAGAGGAUGACUAUAUUUGAGGCAUUAGAGCAUCCCUACUUUGAUGGCAUGAGAGAUGAUCAAUACUAUUAGUUUUUAAAAGAAUUAAGAGACAAGGAACAAAUUCCAAAGGAUAGAAUCCAAUCUGCCAAUAAAUUAGCUGCAAAAUAAACUCAAUAGACCAAUCAAUAGUUAUAAUAAUUGUAGUUGCAGCAACAACAGCAAUAAUAAUAUUAAGUAUUAUCAUAACAGAAAGACAAUUUGGGCAGCAACAAAAGAGCUGAUAAAUCAAAUGAAAGGAAAACAUAAUAAAAAGGAAAUAACAAUAUUUCUGUUGAGAGAGUAAAUAACUUUGUAAAGCCUGCACAGAUAAGAACAGGAGAAAAAAAUACAGUAGAUUUCAAUCCCAUGAAUUAACCUUCUUAGGAAUCGAAAUCAAUGCCUAAAAAGGAUGUGAAUUCAUAAUUAGGUUUCUUGUAAAAGAAUGUUAUCAUUGGAUAUUAAGAAGGUCAAUUCGAUAAUUUCUUAUAAAAUAAAAUGGCUUAAAAUUAUAACUACGAAAUACCUGAAAAUGAUUUAAACAAUUCAAUUGAAGGAGAGAAAAAGUCCAUGAAUCUCAGGGCUAGAGCAAAGAAAAAAUCAGUUAAUCCUGACAUAAAUGAGGAUGAUCAAACUACAAUUAUAAAACCAAAAAGAAAAGAAUAAUAAUAAUAAUUAUUUUAACAAUAAAUACCAUCAUAUUAAGUUAAAAAGAAAUCUAAUUAAUUGAGGUAAAACUUUUAUCCAACUGAUGAAUAUUCUGGUGAUGAAUAGGAAGUCUAUUAAUCAAAGGAAAUUUUGAAUAUUCAAAAAGGCUAAAAACAACAAUAAUACAACUACAAUAUUGGGGAAUGUAGGAAUACAUAAGAAGACUAGGAUAAGAAUUUAAACAUUGUGUAUAACAAUAUCACUUAUAAUUAUAAUAUCAACAAUUCUCCUGGAUGGAUGAGCAAGAAAAGAAAUUGA